AUGCUUUGCCGCAGAUGGCCACUUGGCCUGGCCUUGCUGAUGCUGGCCGUGGCUGUGGCCGUGGCACAACCCGAUGUCUGGGGGCCAGAGCGCAUGUGGCGCAAGUCAGCUUCGGCCGUCAUCGACCUGGACAGUUCCAUCCAGCUCCUCAACGUGAGCUUGGGCAUGCUAGAGGCUGGGUACCUUGGCUUAUCCGCGGGUCGCUUUGUACUCCCUCUCUCUCUUUCUCUCUCUCUCUCUCUCUCUCUCUCUCUCUUCUCGACACGAGCUGUCUCUCGUUUGGCGGCGCCCCAUUUCGAGGAUCUGGCACAGCAAUCACAGUUGCACCGUAUCGCCUUCCUGCGACUGGAAUGCUCUGCCACCGAGGCAUGUCGCAAGCAAUUUGGCACGCAGGGCUUCCCUCGCUACUUUCUUUACCCCUUGACCGAAGCCUCUCGAGCUGCAGUACCCGAGUCUCACGAGCUGAAAACCGGCUUUCGUCAUUGGGAAUUGGCCGCUAUGCUGCAAGCCUUGCAAGAUCCCGUGACUGUGGUGCACCAUGGAUAUGAGCACCUGGCGAGGCGCCACCGGGCCGAUGUGGUCCUGGCCGUGCACGUCCCAGCACGGCCCGAGACCCUAGCCGCAUUGGCCACGGCCACGCGCCUUGCACUGCUUCGCAGCGAAGCGCUGGAUGUGCAUCGCUGGGUCAUGCACGUCGUCCCAUCCCCGGGCUUGGCCGCUCACUUGGGGCUGAAACGGAAAGGGCAAAUUUAUGCCUUGAUCGAUCGCCAGCCACAGGUGCUCGCACUUCGGUUUGACAAUGCUAGCAUGCUGGUGGAUGAAAUUAUCAACGUGGUUCAACGUGAAACGCCCGUAGCACGCUUAGGGGCCUCGGAACUAGGCCAGUUUCCCGUACGUGUCGGCUUGGGCGCGGCGACCUCGGACGUGGAUCGCCUGCAGCUUUUGAAUAUGGACACACGCGUGGUUCUUCUCCUUCUACCGUUGGCCGAUGCCAUGCUUCUUACCCAAGAAGAGACGUUGCGAGCCUUGGCAGCUACGCGGGCCGCCGCGCGUGCGUGCGCGCACAAUGCCACCUGCGGUCUGCCGCUUGUUUUCGGUCGGCUGGACGGCAGUCGCUACACACAUCAACUUCGGCAUUACGGGCUCACUGUGCGGGAUUUGCCGGCACUGGUGCUGCUCAACACGAGCGCGGUUCUGGGCCGGGUGCUUUGUACGCAAUCGACCUCCAACUCCAACCCGGCCUUUAUCCAAAGCAUGGAUCGAUUGAGCACUUGGACGGCUCAGGGCGUAACCGACUGGCUCGUGCGAUUGGCUGCUGGGCCCAGCGUAGCCGCUGACCCGCUUGACUUGUCCACGGCGCUGCGGCACGUGGUGCUGUCGCGGCUGCCUGCACCGGCCGCAGCUGGCACAGCCGCGUAUGUGGUUUUUACUUCGCCAAGUUGUGGCUUUUGUCAGCGAUUGCUGGCUCGUUUACCACCUAAAGCCUGUUUGAUCAUCGACGUCGACCAGACGACGUUACCCGCAGCGCUGGACCUGGCUGUGGACGUGUUGCCGACGGUGUGGCGCGUGACAUGGCCCCCAAGCGCGAGCAGCAGUAGCCAUGAUGGCAUGGUCAUGCAGCGCUUAGAUGCGCAGAGUGCGCAGGCGCUGCCUGUGAUCGUGCAAGCCCACCCCCCUUCCGCCCCAGACCCACCAGCCUCCGACCCCGGCGACGGCGGAUCAGUGCAGGAUACCAUCACCGUCUUGGCAGAGCCCCUUGCUCUGACCCAGGCACGCGACGAAGCUCUGAGCUUAAUCCUUUUGACCCCAUCAUCCUGA